AUGCGGGCUCACUCUGGAGUCUUCCAUCUUCUGCCCCUUGGUCUGCGCGUCCAGAACAAGCUCGAGAGUCUGAUAGACAAGCACAUGUCCUCUAUCGGCGCCUCAAAAGUCUCAUUAUCCCAUAUCAGCACAGAAGAGCUCUGGAAACAAACAGGUCGACAUUCCAGCAACUCCGAGUUCCUCCACAUCAACGACCGCAGAGAGUCUGGAUUCCUCCUUGCACCCACACACGAAGAAGAAAUCACAGCUUUAGUAGCGAGCAUGGUACAUUCGUAUAAAGACCUCCCAUUGCGACUUUACCAGACCGGGAGAAAGUAUCGAGACGAAAAGCGGCCGCGGCAAGGCCUGCUCCGGACGAAAGAGUUUAUGAUGAAAGACCUCUACACUUUCGAUUCAUCACAUGAGGCUGCACUCGACACUUACGCAGAAGUCCGCCAAGCCUAUACCAACCUCUUCGACGAACUCAAGUUGCCCUACCUAGUAGCCGACGCAGAUUCCGGCAACAUGGGCGGCAAGCUCAGCCACGAGUACCAUUUUGUUUCGCCGAAAGGCGAAGACAAUGUCUGGUCGUGCGAUUCCUGCAGCUACGUCGCGAACGAGGAGCUCGUCGAGAAGGCAACCCCUGAGACAGACUUAGACAAGACCGACGUACCAGGAGAGCCUGUACCGCCGCUUUCCUUCCAGGGCAUCAGCAUGGACAGAGAAACAGCCAUUACCAUCCUUAUUGCUCGACCGCCAGACUUGCCGGAUACCACAAUAUCCUGGGACAGCAUAUCAUCCUUCGUCAACCUACACGCCGUGAAGCGAAUGUACCCAGAUCUUGACACAAGCAUCGACACAGCGUCUCUCCGAGGUCUUCUCUCUUCUGCACAUAAACACAAAUUCCUCUGCUCGCCUUCAUUACCCGAGCUUGCAAGAACCGCACCGGAAGCCUUAGACCUCAUAAUGGAAGCAUACACGCACGCACAAUGCGAACGCGGACAGGAUACUUCCUCCGACCUGGGGGAAAGCUGGCGCGAAUUGGUAAAAGAGAUAGACGCAUCCGUCAUCCGCCCCGGCGACGCCUGUCCCCGCUGCGAGACAGGCAAGCUAGACGUCCAGAAAGCUAUAGAAGUAGGCCACACGUUCCACCUCGGCACGCGCUACUCCGAUCCGCUCUCCGCACUCAUCGCCGUCCCUCACUCCACGCAGAAGGAAGCGAUACACAUGGGCUGCCAUGGCAUCGGUGUCUCUCGCCUCAUCGGCUCUAUGGCUUCGCUGCUUUCUGACUCGGCGGGCUUGAACUGGCCCCGCGCUGUGGCGCCGUUUGAAGCUAUUGUGGUUACUUCUCCGCAAAUAACUGAAGAGGAUAGUGUGGGCGUUUAUGAUCAGCUCCAAGGGGUCGAUACGGUACUUGAUGAUCGUAAGGGCAAGGAGCUGGGGUGGAAACUAAGAGAUGCUGAUCUAAUUGGGUAUCCGGUCAUUGUGGUGUUGGGAAGGGCAUGGAAGGAGGGGAAGGUCGAGGUGCAGUGUCGGCGAUUGGGUGUGAAAAAGGUGGUUGAAAGAGGGGAGAUGAGACAGGAGGUGAAGCGGUUGCUGGAGCAGCUUUGA